AUGAUAAUAAUAAUAGUUCUAAUCAUAAUUAUAAUAAUAAUAAUAAUAAUAAUAAUAAUAAUAAUAAUAAUAAUAAUAAUAAUAAUAAUAAUAAUAAUAAUGAUGAUGAUGAUGAUGAUGAUGAUGAUAAUGAUAAUAAUAAUAACAAUAAUAAUAGUAUUGAUAAUAAAAAUAAUAAGUUCAACAAAAGAAGUUCGGGGUCAUCAAAACUAGGGAUGAAGUCGGUAGCAAAGACCUCCAAAAACCGGAAACGACGCCAACGCCACCCGAGGAAGAACAAAUCGGAUUCUGAAGAUACUGAAGGGAGCAUUUUACCACAGGACUCGCAAUACUCUGGUAGUACAGAGACAGAAGGAGAAGCAAAGGAAGAUUCCGCUUUGCCUCCGUCGAUGAACUUCUUUGACGCCCUCCGAUUUUACCGACAUCUGCUGAAUCCGGUUCCGAUGGUAAUUGGAGAAAUGCUUUAUCAGCAGCCGAUGACUCGCGAGGAGUCUUACCGGCUAAGAAGGCCUCUAGGAGGCAUGGUAACAAAGAACAAGCAGCCGAGGGUAAUGUACAAUCAGAGAAACAUUCUGAAUCUGGAGGCCAAUCUCAGGAACUUUAACUGGCAGUUCACUUGGAAGUUUGAUCAGGAUGUUUCUACGAGAGUCAGCUCUAAGGGUCAGCUUGACGAGGACUUGAAUUGUGAUGAAUUGACAUGUUGCAGCUAUUGUGAUUUCGAGGAACCUAUUCAAUCAGAUUUUAUAAAGGAGAUAUAA